GUGUGUUGUGGCAGCCGGCACUCUGGCGGAUCGCGAUCGAGUUUGGCGAGAACGCGAGAAGUUUUUGAACGAGAGUGGUGCCGGAGUUGAGAGAGAGAGAUCGAGGGAACUAACUGCCUGUGACACCUGUUGCUCGAUAGACGCUUGACGCCGCUGCGCCGUGAGCAUGGCGGGCUCCGCGGAAGUGAGGAUAUUAUUGUCGAGACACAAAUCCGCGCUACUCGGGGAACUGAAUGUGACAAAUUUGCUCGGUGUGCUCGUCAAGCAGGGUGUAAUUGCCGAAUUGGACCGCGAGGCGAUCGCUCGGGGCAGCGGUGAGCAGUCGGACAUCGAUUUGCUGAUUGACCUUAUCAGCGCAAAGGGUUUCGAUGCCUUUCGGGAGUUCUGCUUCGCCCUCGAAGCCGAAUGCCCUCACGUAUUGACGGACCUGCUUGUUGAUCAACACAGCAUCACCGGAGAACAGCAGCACAGCCUUUCUCCCUCAGGAUCCGACAUGGGCGAACUUCCGCCCGAUCGAAGAGAGGAAGACGAUAUUCAAAGCGAGAUUGGUAACGUGGAGGUUAAUUUUCUUGGCCAGGAUUCUGACAACGAUAUAAAAAAAUGCGCAGAAGUCGAGUCCAGGAGGUGCAGCAGCGUUGUGGGAUUCCCUGAGCCUCAUCGGGGCCACUCAGUGUCUCCGGCACCCUCGUCGUCGCCGCCACCUCCACCGCCCCCGAAUCAAAGGGCGUCCUACGCGCACCCCAACGUCAUCUCCGCCGCGUCUGACCCCAUCCUCGAGGUGCUUGAUGAGCCCGUCGACGAACCGGUCGGAGACAGAGGAUGGGAAGUUCAUCAUGUUACCGUAACCAGAGUCCCCGGUUACGGAUUCGGUAUCGCCGUCUCCGGGGGCCGGGACAACCCUCAUUUCACGAACGGAGAUCCCGCGAUCGCAAUUUCUGAUGUAUUAAAGGCCGGACCCGCCGAAGGAAAGCUUCAAGUAAACGACCGCAUCAUAUCCGCCAAUGGCGUUUCCCUGGAGGGUGCCGACUACGGAGCCGCUGUUCGCGUCCUUCGAGACUCUGGAUCAACGGUCCUCUUGGUAGUGAAACGACGAGCUUCUGCGAACGUUCCUGGAUCUCCGGGCACAUCUGUACCACAGAGUCAUAGAUUAACCUUGACAAGGAACAACAAGAAAGACGAUUUUGGAAUCAUCCUAGGAUGUCGUCUUUACGUAAGAGAAGUAACGCGCGAAGGUACUGGAGUCCGACCCGGGGAUGUUUUGACCAGAAUCAGCGGGGUGGCUGCGGACAAUAUGAGCCUGAAGGAAGCUCGGAAGCUGAUGGACCAGUGCAAGGAUCGACUGUCGAUCGUCGUUACGAGAGAAACCCCGCUCCCUGCGCACUCCCACCAGCCCAGCAAAGGCGAGUCGGGCGAGUAUCUCUCCGCUGCUAGUUACAGUAGUCAAAAUCUCUACGUACCACCACCUACAAGGCAGCCUAUGGAAGACAAAAGUAAUCUCGCACCGAGGGGACGAUCAAGGGGACCUCUUUUAGACGUAUCACUUAGCCAGCUGGAUCUACCCGCUACUCCGACGGUCGAUCCUCCCAGGCCACCGCCACCCCGGCCAGAAGAUUAUUACAGUUCAAGGAGGCAACUUUACGACGAGGAUCCUCUCAUUCAACGAACAAAACAACCCAUGCCGGAUCCAAGGUUCAUUACGUUCCAGAAGGAAGGAUCGGUCGGGGUUCGUUUGACUGGUGGAAAUGAGACCGGGGUUUUCGUAACUGCCGUUCAACCGGGUAGCCCAGCGUCUUUGCAGGGUCUACAGCCUGGUGACAAAAUACUCAAAGUAAAUGAUAUGGACAUGAAGGGAGUGACUAGAGAAGAAGCAGUACUCUUUUUAUUAAGCCUUCAAGAACAAAUCGAUCUCAUAGUGCAACACAGGCGUCAGGAAUAUGACCAAAUUGUGGCAUCUGGAAGGGGCGAUUCUUUUCACAUUAAGACUCACUUCCAUUAUGAACAGCCUGAGAAAGGAGAGAUGAGUUUUCGCUCUGGUGACGUAUUUCAUGUCGUUGACACGCUACAUAACGGAGUCGUAGGCUCGUGGCAAGUAUUCCGAAUCGGACGAAACAACCAAGAAGUUCAGAAAGGAAUAAUACCGAACAAGGCACGUGCUGAAGAAUUGGCUACAGCUCAAUUUAAUGCUACUAAGAAAGAGCUCAGCGCUAGCGAAAGCAGAGGCAGCUUCUUCAGGAGAAGACGUGGUAGUCAUAGGAGAUCUAAAUCACUUGGCAGGGAUCAUUGGGACGACGUUGUUUUCUCAGAUAGCGUAAGCAAGUUUCCCGCUUAUGAACGAGUCGUGUUGCGACACCCGGGAUUUAUUAGACCUGUGGUUCUCUUUGGGCCCGUAGCUGAUCUCGCUAGGGAAAAACUACUCAAAGAUUUCCCUGAUAAAUUCACGUCUCCUCAAAUGGAAAGUCAGAUGGACGAAAGCAGCGGAAAGAGCACCAAAUCUUCAGGAAUCAUUCGAUUAAGUGCCAUAAGAGAAGUAAUGGACAGAGGAAAACACGCGCUGUUGGAUAUAACACCAAAUGCCGUCGACCGUUUGAAUUAUGCUCAAUUUUAUCCUAUCGUAAUUUUUCUCAAAGCGGAAAAUAAACAGACUAUCAAAGAAAUGCGUGCUGGGAUACCAAAGUCGGCACACAAAAGCAGCAAAAAGCUACUUGAACAGUGUCAAAAAUUGGAUAAAAUCUGGGGUCAUGUAUUCAGUGCAGUUGUUACCCUGACCACACCGGAAGCGUGGUACAGAAAACUCAGAGAAUUGAUAGACAGACAGCAGCAAGGUCCUUUAUGGAUGAGCCAAACCAAGCCGGAAGAGGCCCUUUCGGAUGACUUCCUGUUCCCGAUGACUUCUCGCCUCUCCUACGCUUCCUCCCCGGAGAGUGACCUGGAGCUGAGCCCUGCUCCUCCCCUCCCUGGUGCUUUGGGGCCGCCAACUAGAUUGAAGAGCAGCUCUGAUCCAAGCAUCGCUACUCAAGACGACACCAGUGCACCACCGCCGUAUACUACCAAUUAUCAGGCCUUUGAACAGCAUAAGCGGAGGUCGCAGGGGGGGGUAGGUGAUAGCAAAUAUGGUUUUUCAAUACCUGGUCAAACCAACGAUCAGUCUGGUCCACCUCAAUAUCCUGGGGGGCCACCUCAACCGAGAUCACCACACCAAGGACCACCUGAUUUACCACCUAGAGUAGAUCGCAAUGUAAAACCACCAAAUCAAACGCAACGUGGGACUGCUGGGCGAACUGCCCAGGAGAGACUUGCUAACAAGACUGAUUCCGUCCUGGAUAUGGGAAAUUAUAUUAAUGCUACUCCCCAUAGAGCCAAUGCAACAUCAUCAUUAGAAAGAGCACAGCCAAAAGCGGGAAGCUACGAUAGUAUGUCUUCUUACGAUUCGUAUAAUAAUACAAAUGGAAAUGGCACGUAUACAGCCACUAAUCUCAAUACAUCAACUGGUCGACUAGGACCAAAUGUACCGGAUGAUUUGAAGAGCGGUGGAGUUCCUGUUUCACCAAGGGCUCACGAUCCUUACAGAUUCACAAGGUCUACAGCACAGCCUAUUCCAGCUCAAGAAAAUCAAAUACGUACAGAUUAUGCCAAAUACAGCCGGACAGGAGAUUACAAACCCGCUGUUCCACCCCCUCAAGGAAAGCCCAGUGGUUCUUACAAGCCAAUACCACCUCCGAAACCCAAGAAUUAUAGGCCUCCACAGCAGCCUUUACCUCAAGAUGAGACAAACAGCAGCAGUUUGUAUCAGCAUGCCAAAAGUUAUUCCAUCGCCACAUCACAUAUACACAAUGGGGCUGAAAAUGGCAGUAACAUUCAGCGUAACAGCGGCCAGUACUACUACAACAUUCCUCCACCUAAUCGUAAUAACGAGGGUUACAACUUGAACUCAAAUCACAGUCACAGUCACAGUCACACGUCUCCGCCGAACCACAGUCACAGUCUUAGUCACACGCAUCCUCACUCCAGCCCUCCCAUGACGCAUUCCCACAGCAACAGUGCUGGACAAAUUAACAUUGGCCAUGCACACAAUCGCAACAAUCUCAAUCAUAACGGACACAGUCACAGCAAUAGUCAUGGAGGUGUUACGGGGAAUACGGGAAAUGGGAACUCGAGUCACAACAACAGGGAGCCCAACGGACUUGAUCUAGCGGGAAGCAGAGAACAGAGAGGCAGUGCUUUCGAACUAUACAGAAAACCGUUGCAUCAUCACAAUGUAAGGAGACUGGGGGUGGCACGGGGUGUGUUCUGUAGCAAAGGUGGUGUUUUGGAAGGACCAGGGGGUGUUACACUCACGGUACCCCCUGGCGCCUUACCGCUGCAGAUACAACAGGAAAUCUACUUCUCUGUAACAGCUCCACGUAUACUCAAAACGCAUAAUACCUCUGGCCAUUGUUCGCCCGUAUCACCACCCAUGCAUCACGGUGAAUCUCUAUUGAGUCCGGUGGUUGAGUGUGGACCUCGCGGGUUGGAUUUUUUAACCCCAGUAGAACUCAAGAUUCCACACAACGCUACACCCGCACAUAGGCUGGCACUGAAAGCUACUGAUACAGAAAACCAAUCAACUGCUAAUUGGUUGGAUGUUAAACUACCGAGCCAUACUUCUAAUUACGUCACCGUACGUCUUGAUCAUUUUUAAGAUAUUCAGUGUGUAUCUUAGUUUUGUACCAGACAAACACGGUUCGAUAGUUGGUUUGAAGAUUAUUGAAUUGACUUUUCUGUCUGAGAGACAUUAACGAAACACUAUGUUGCGAGUUUGUUCAGUACCUAAGUUUCAAUCUGAAUAAGUCAAUGAACAAAAAUAAAUAACUCUGUACAUAAUUGUACAUUCUCUAUGAGAA